AUUAACAAUUCACUAUUAGUUUUCUUGUUGUAGUAAUAUAAUUGUCAUUAAAAUUAAUAUAAUGUACUUCUUUUUUUAUAGCUGACGUAAACACGAUGGUUUUAAAGGUAUUUAUUGUCGUGUGGUUCGAUUUGGCACCUAUACCUACUUAUUUUAAUAUCAUACUGCACUUGGGAUGUGUAAUGCUGCCGAUAUUGUUUGUGCUGGCUUAAAUUAACAUUGCCUUACAGCGUGUGUUGUCCAACUAACCUCUGAAAUACUUGUGGGGAUGCAUUUGGAAUGGUUGAAUCAGUUUUACGUUGAUAACUGAUACUAAUGUUACUGACUACUUAAUGGUUUAAUACUUAAUUAUGACUUGCAGCAUUCAGAGGACCCCAUGCGGAUGCCUGGAAUGGCUUAUGCCGUGUACCAAAAUAAACAAUGAGCAAACACCGCUGCUGAGCCAGCAGGAGCCACUGGCGGAGCUGCUGCCGGAGCCGCUGCCAGAGCAGCCCCCAGAGCAGCGUUGUAGCCUUUCCGACCACAGGCUUUGGCUACAACUCAGGCUGUACAGGGCGCUGCUCCUGCCCGAAGAACCCAGGCAGCCGCUUGACCCGUCGGAGCUCCUGGCUGCUCAACAGCGGUGGCGGGCAGCUGUAAAAGCUGCGCAGGAACGCUGCUUCAAAUAGGGAGCCCUAUGCAUUAUUAAUUUGGUGUGUAUAGGGCUCCCUAAUAUAAAUGAAUUAAAAUUAUCGAUUUUUAAAUUUGAGUUUCAUUACAAUCUAUUACAUCAAACUACUAAAAGCCUGGAAUCAUAUAGCUUAUGAUAUUAUUAUUAACU